AUGGAACGGUCGCGCGAUGAUGAGGUGCAAAAAACGUAUACCGCAUCUUAUGCCUUCUUCGAGGCCCUGUGGGAGCUGGGGGUUCGCAAUUGUUUUGUGAAUCUGGGCUCGGACCACCCCAGCAUCAUGGAGGCUAUGGCAAAAGGGUUGAAAGAACGCCCAAACGAAUUCCCCAGAAUCUUCACCUGUCCCAAUGAGAUGGUCGCUCUAUCCAUGGCGGAUGGAUAUGCACGAGUCACCAACAAGCCUCAGUGCGUGAUCAUCCAUGUUGAUGUCGGCACCUCUGGUCUGGGAGCAGCAAUCCAUAAUGCCUCGACAGGCCGCGCACCUGUGUUGAUAUUCGCGGGCUUAUCACCUUUCACCAUGGAGGGUGAGCUACGUGGUUCACGCACUGAAUAUAUACAUUGGCUGCAGGAUGUUCCCGAUCAAAAGCAGAUUGUUGCUCAAUACUGCAGAUACGUCGGAGAGAUCAAGACUGGAAAGAAUAUCAAGCAAAUGGUCGGCCGUGCCUUGCAAGUUGCCACGAGCGCUCCAAUGGGACCGGCGUACUUGAUGGGAGCUCGUGAAGUUAUGGAAGAGGAAGCCCAGCCAUACCCCAUCAAGCCUGAGCAUUGGAGGCCCUGUGAGGCAGCGGCGCUUCCUGAGUCACACGUGAGAUCAAUUGCAGAGCAGCUCAUCCAAGCCGAACAGCCACUGGUCAUCACGGGCUACAGCGGCCGGAAUCAUAAGUCUGUGGAUGCGUUGAUUGGGCUGGCAAAUCAAGUGUCUGGUCUGCGUGUGCUGGACACCGGAGGCUGUGACAUGUGCUUCCCGGCCGAUCAUCCCAGUUGGUUAGGCAUGCGGUAUGGCUCGGAUCCCAGCAUUGAGACUGCGGAUUUUAUCCUAAUCGUGGACUGCGAUGUGCCUUGGAUUCCGACUCAGUGCAAGCCGAGUGAUACAGCAACAGUUAUUCAUAUCGACAUCGAUCCGCUGAAAAAGCUGAUGCCCUUGUUCUAUCUUCCAGCCGUUCGAAGAUACUCAGCUGAUGCCACAACGGCCUUGAGUCAGCUGUCAUCUUUCAUUGACUCUUCGGUUGAUCUUCAGUUGUCUUUAAAGUCACAGGCUCAUCAAGAGAGAAAUUCGCGUCGGCAAGAAUCCCACCAGGCGCUAAUCAAAACUCUUGAUGAGAGGUGUGCAUCUUCUCCCGAUGCGACUACCUUCAACGCCUCACUCCUUUGCAAGAAAUUGAGAGAACUUACCCCCAGUGACACGGUGUUUGCCAUCGAGGCGGUCACAAACUCAGUCCUCAUUGCCGACCAAGUCCGUGCCACUCUUCCAGGUCAAUGGAUCAACUGCGGUGGAGGUGGCCUUGGGUGGAGUGGUGGCGGUGCCCUCGGGAUCAAACUUGCUUUGGACGCGAAAAAGCCUGACAGCAAGCCACUCGUGAUUCAAAUUGUUGGUGAUGGAACCUUCCUCUUCAGCGUUCCAUCAAGUGUGUAUUGGAUUUCGCAUCGGUACCAGAUUCCGGUUCUUACCAUCGUCCUCAACAACAAAGGAUGGAAUGCUCCCCGACGAUCGAUGUUGCUCGUUCAUCCCGACGGGCACGGAUCAAAGGUUGAUAAUCAUGAGUUAAACAUCUCGUUCGACCCAAGCCCCGAUUAUUCUGGAAUCGCGAGAGCUGCAAGUGAUGGCAAUAUUCAUGCGGCGAGGGUGAAAGACUUGGCGGAGUUGGUUCCAGCGCUCCAAGAAGCCAUCGAGAUCGUUCGCGGGGGAACUUCUGCUGUUAUUGAUGCGCACAUUGUAUGA